GCAAUGGGGUUCAAGUGACUUGCCCAGGGUCACACAGCUGGGACGUGUCUGAGGCUAAAUUUGAACCUAGGACCUCCCGUCUCUAGGCCUGGCUCUCAAUCCAGUGAGCUACCCAGCUGCCCCAGCUUUAGCCCACUCUGUGACGUCCGUUUGAGGUUUUCUUGACAGAGAUACCAGAGAGGUUCGCCCUUUCCUUCACGGGCUCAUUUUACAGAGGAGGACACUGAAGCAAACGGAGUGAAGUGCCUUGCCCUGGGUCACUCUGAGGCUGGAGCCGAAGAUGAGUUUUCCUGACUCGGGACCCAGCCGCUCACUACCUCUGAUGCCAAUCCCCGGUGACAGACAGCCCUUAGUUUCAUUCAGUCUCUAAUUCCCCAAUCGCUCCGCCUCGAUUCCCGGAAACUCCUCGAUACCCUGGUUCUAUCUUCCAGUUUUUAUUGGGCUAUUCUUCUAGGCGAGCCUCCUCCCUCCGCAGAAAAAUAGGGGAGGGCUGAUCGGAUGAGGCGGGGCUUCUCACGCCUCGCCUCCCGUAGGAAAUUGGGGCUGGAGUUUGCGGAGCCUUUUAAACCCUGACCUUCCGAUAAUACAGUGCAUAAUCCCCUUCACGGGACCUGUCUAGGGUCCGAGCCUGCCGAGGCUCCAGUAGAGAGUUGAGCGCGCGCUCGUCCCGGAGGGAGGGGUACUCGGGGACCGGAAUAGCCAUGCCAUGGGUGGAGCCUGGGAGGGAGGGAGGGGCUUCCAGUGUUGGGUGCGAGCGGGGAGGCUAGAAUUGAGCGCUGUAUCCGCGAUCCCGGGAGAGACUCAGGUCAGGUUGCUGCCUCUGACCGAGGGUGAGAAAACGCAGAGGUCCCGCGCUGUGAGAUGACUUGUCGGAGGGCAUAGGUAGGCGUGACAAGGAGUCUGCCGGGCCGGAGGGACCUUCCUGUUGUGCUGCGUUUGGGCUGUGCCUGGACGGGACCUCGCCUCGCGAAGCUGCCCGGCGGAUGCCCUUCUUCUCGGCGCGGCUGACAGCGUCUGCCCCAGAUGGCCAGCUGGGAGCUUCUGCAGCGGCUGGAUCGGCCCUUCCAGGAGCGGCUGCAUGACCUUUACUCGGCCAGUCUCUUGCCGAUGGACGUCCGGAAACACCUGGCGUCUUGGAUUGAAGACCAGAACUGGCACCAGGCGGCCACGGGCCCCGACACGUCUCACGCCUGUUUGCUCUUCCACCAUCUCCUGGACGAGCUGCGCUCCCAGUCCAGCUGCUGCGGCCAGGAUUCUGACCUCCUUCUACAGCACAACCUCAGAAAGUUCUGCCGGGACAUUCAGGCUUUGUACCAGGACAAUCCCAUCCAGCUGGCUGGGCUGAUUUAUAAUCUGCUGCUGGAGGAAAGAAAUAUCCUUCAACAGGCGCAGAGGAGCCAGCCGGACCAGGCCGACCCUGGCUCUGAGGUGCCCAUGGAGACGAGGCAGCAGCAGGAGAUCGAGUCUCGCAUCCAGGAGCUGAAGGACAUGAUGAAGAAGCUGGUGAGGGACAUUUACCAUCUGAGUGACCUGCAGGAUGUCUUCUCGUUUCGGUACAAGACGCAGAACCCCACAGCAAAGACAUCUGCCAUGAACGCCAGCCAGACCCGGCAGCAGCAACUCCUUCAGGAGACACUCAAUGAGCUGGACCGAAAGAGGAAGGAGGUGUUGGAUAACUCCAGAGCGAUCCUGGGUCAGUGCGCCACUCUGACUGAGCUCCUGCUGCAGGAGCUAAAGGAGUGGAAAGGCCAGCAGCAAAGGGCCUGCAUUGGGGCCCCCGUGGACCAAGGGCUGGAUCAGUUGGAGAGCUGGUUCACAGCUGGGGCCAAGAUUCUAUUUCAGCUAAAGCAGCAGUUGAAGGAACUUGAAGAUCUAAGCCAUCUAGUCACCUAUGAGAAUGACCCCCUGAAAAACAAUCUGCCUUUAAAGGGGGUCACGGAAUUGUUGCAGCAUCUGCUCCACAGUGCCUUUAUAGUGGAGUCUCAGCCUCAGAUGCUUCUGCCUAUCAAACGACCGCUCAUCAUCAAGACUGGGAAUAAGUUUUCUGUUCAAACACGGCUCUUGGUGAGGCUGCAGGACGGGAAUGAGUCUCUGACUGUUCGUGUCUCCAUUGACAAGAAUGCUCCCCAAGUGAAAGGCUUCCGGGCGUUCAAUAUCUUUGAGCAGAAAACGUUGACCCCGGAGAAGGGAAGGAGCCAAGGCCUGGUCUGGGACUUCCGCUGCUUGAGCCUGAAGGAGCAGAAAGCAAACGGCUCUGGCAAGGGCUGCAGCGAGGCACUGUUGGUGGUGACGGAGGAACUUCACAUCAUUAACUUCACUGUGGAGUACUCCUACCAGGGGCUGAAACUAGAGCUGAAGACCAACAGUCUUCCUGUGGUGAUCAUCUCCAACAUGAACCAGCUCUCCAGUGCCUGGGCCUCUGUUCUCUGGUUCAAUCUGCUCAGCUCCGACCCCGAGAACCAGCAGUUCUUUUCCAAUCCCCCCAAGGCCCCGUGGGCGCAGUUGGGCCCGGCUCUCAGCUGGCAGUUCUCUUCCUGUACUGGCCGAGGUCUUGACCAAGAGCAGCUCCACAUGUUGAAGAAAAAGCUUUUUGGGAAGGAGCCCAAGGAGCCCCUGCUGCUGUCCUGGCCUGCCUUCUCCAAGCAAGAGAGUCCCCCCGGGAAGCAGCCCUUCUGGACCUGGCUGGACAAGAUCCGGGACUUGGUGCACAGCCACCUGGCCGACAUCUGGAGAGACGGCCACAUUAAGGGCUUCGUGACCCGGAAUCAAGCAGAGCGACUCCUGAAGAAGAAGCUGCCCGGAACCUUCUUGCUGCGGUUCAGUGAGACCUCGCUCGAGGGGGGCAUCACGUGCUCGUGGGUAGAACAUCAGGAUGAUGACCGGAUACUUGUCCAGUCCCUGGAGCCGUGCACCAAGGAAAUGCUGCAGGUCCUCCCCAUGGCAGACGUCAUCCACAGAUACCAGUUGGUGGCCGAGGAGAACGUGCCCGAGAACCCGCUGUGCUUCCUGUACCCCGGCAUACCCCGGGAUGAAGCUUUUGGCCGCUAUUACCGGGAGAAAGACGAUCUCAUGAACCAGAAGAAGUACCUAAAACGCGAGCUCAUCAUGGUGUCCACCAGCUGUGCCCCCUCCGUAAGCCCCCGAGGACACGCCACGCAUUCGCCCUGUGCCCUCCCCCGAGACCCGAGCCCGUCCCUCUGUCCCACCCCCAGGCAGGUGGACGAGGCACCGUCACCGCAGCCGCUGGAGCAGCUGGAUGUGCUGUCCUGGGACGUGGAGCCCCAGCCCGAGUGGGAGCAGGAGUCGGAGCUGCCGCUGGACCUGCAGAGCCUGGGGGCCGACCUGCUGACUCUCAACAUGAACGACAUCGCCAGCGCUCUGAACGGUGACUGUGACGGGCUGACCUGCGAGGCUCUGCUGCUGAGAGGCGACCCCGUGCUGCCUGCGCUGCCCCUCGGAGAGGAGGCUCCUUCCUCCUCGGGGAGCCCCUUCCUCACCGACGUCGCCGCCAUGCUCGACGUCCCCAAAUACUAGGACCUGAGCUCCGCCUCCUCCCCGCCCCCUCGCCCUCCAGACGAUGGCAUUGGGUGGACAUCGAGAGCCUGGGUGGUCUCCGGAAAAGGAGAAACAAAAGCGGCCGUGUCCAGGGUCCUCCCUCCCAGGCAGGAGCUGCACCGAGAGCCAGUCACGUGGCUCUCCGGCGUUCGUGUUGACCAAGCACUUUCCUCGUGGCAAUGAGCGGCCUUGCUGGAUUCCCCUUACAAACGUGGAAGCCCGCCCUCAGCACGGUGCACGGAUUGACCCAGGCUCACACCGUUCUGUGACGUCCACCCCAGGUUUCCUGACUGUUCUGUGUACCUGGGCAGCCUUCCUGGCACUCUUCUAUGUGAACUUUGAUGGCUGGAGCCCCUUCGGGAUGGGUGGCUAUCCCCACUGUCCUGAGGCUUUGAAAACUAAUAAGAGGGGGGCCUGCUCUGUACAAUAAACUGUCCUCAGAUGGC